AACAGUGCGCCGCUGCUCCAUGAGAAUGGUGCACCUCGGUGCGCGCAGGUGCAACUCUCUGCGACUUUAGACUCCUGCAACUUUAAGCGAGGACCGUGGUGGGGUUACCGGGAGUGCAUGCACAAAGUUCAGCGACGCUCUGCUGCGCCACCGCUCUCCAAAUGGCGCGGAUGCGUCCAUCCCCGCACCUGCACCGGACUGCUUUGGUUCUGCUUGUGGUGGCUCUUCUGACAGGUGAUGCCGGCGCACAGCUCCCCGAUAGCAACGGACUAUCCUAUGCCAUGAGGACUGAGCUCUCCGAGGACACGAUCCUGGUUGCGAACAAUGGGAUCCGCGUCUCUUUCGGGAGAUCGGUUUUCAUUGAUCCCAUUAAUGAUUUGGUAAUCCAAGUUCAGCCCGGGGAUCGAUGCAGCAUCACGGUGCUGGACAACGACCCCCUGUCACAGAGACCGGGACAGCUCUCGCCAAAAAAGUUCUCAUGUGAAUUUGGACCCAACGACGUGAGAUACUCCCACUUUGGCUCCAGGAGUCCUCCGAGGGACAGAGUGAGGUUACAACUCAGAUAUGACACCCAGACGGAUACCAUUAUAAUUCCCUUCAUGGUGGAAGUGGAGGUCAUUUUCACACAACUGGAAGUGUUAACAAAAAAUCUGCCGCUGACAGUGGAGAAGCUGUUGGGUGUGAGCAACCCCAUCGACAGAAGAAUUUUAGAGUUUACUUUUGACAGAGAUGCACAGCAGUGCAAAAUAGCAUCCCUAUCCAGUGGCAGCCUCCUUCCCAGGUAUGGAAAACUUAUGGAUGAAGAGAGUCUCGGGGGGAUGCUGGACUGUGAUGAAUUUAUUCAAAUGAACACCCGCUACCAGCAUACUUUUUCUUUGAAGUCUCCAAACAGAGAUUACAUCCCCAUGGUGGUGGAGUUACACGAUAAGGAGGGGAAUUUGCUUAACCGCGAAUUUUUCCAGAUUUUGGUGAGAAUAAAGGACGGAGAGGACAACACGCCCCCUAAACCGAGCUUUGUUGCAAUGAUGAUGAUGGAAGUAGACCAGUUUGUCAUGACAGCAAUAACCCUGAACAUGCUGGCUGCAGAGGAUGUGGAGUCCAAUCCUGAUGAAUUAAUUUUCAACAUUACAUCCCCUCUUUCAUUUGAAGAGGGCUACAUUGUCAGCACAGAUGACAGGAAUUUACCCAUAACCUCAUUUUACCAAGGAGACCUAAAAGACUUGAAAAUCGCUUACAAACCCCCUGCUGUGGACUCAGACACGGAGAGGAUUUUCCAGAUUGAAUUUGAGGUUGUGGACACGGAGGGGGCUGUGUCAGACCCUUUUGCCUUUAUGAUUGUCGUUAAGCCCAUGAACACUUUGGCCCCUGUGGUCACAAGGAACACCGGACAGCUGCUGUACGAAGGUCAGUCCAGGCCUUUGUUUAGUUCUCAUAAUCUAGAAAUCAGCGAUGAAGACAAUUUAGACAAAGUCAAAAUUACUGUUAUUGACGGAUUGAGGCAUGGAGAUUUGACUGUUUUGGGCUCGAGAAGGAAAUUUUUCACCCCAGCUGACCUUGAUGCUGGCCUAGUCAUUUAUCAACAUGACGGCAGUGAUACAUACAGUGAUAAUAUUAUCUUUAGAAUGACAGAUGGGACCAGUGAGGUGGAAUUUUUAUUCCCCAUCACAGUUGUGCCAACAGAUGAUGAGCCUCCUAUAAUCAAUGCCAACACUGGCUUGAUUUUAUUCAAAAACCAGAUGUUUCAAAUCUCCUCACUUGUGCUCAGUGCAACUGACAUUGACUCAGAAGAUUCUACAAUAAAAUUUACAUUGGAGCUUCCUUUAUCAACCAUCGGACAGGUGAUCCUGCGCCAGUCUGAGACACCUGAGGACCCUUCGAAUUGGAAGUUUAACACAGAUGAUGAAAUGUAUGAAAAAGUUGUGACUGAAUGGCUGCAGCAGGAUAUUACUGAUGGAAAACUUUACUACAAGCACACAGGGCCACACAGCACCAGCACAGUCAUGGACCAGUUUGUGUUUAAAGUCCAAGAUGACAAUGACCCACCCAAUCAGUCAGGUGAGAGCUCAUUUAUCAUCAAAGUUCUUCCGAUUGAUGACCUUCCACCUGAACUGUAUCCUGACACAACCCUGCAAAUGACUGUCCACGAGUAUCAGCUGACUCACUUAAGAAAAAAAUUUCUCCGCUACACUGACCUCGACUCAGAUGAUCGGGACCUCAAAUUCACCAUAAUCCAACCACCAACUGACUCAGAUGAGAAUAACCCAGUCGUGCUGGGAGCUCUGGUACUGACGGAAAACCCAGACACUGAAGUCACAACUUUCACUCAGGCCCAAAUUAACCACCAUAAAAUUGCUUACAAACCCCCAGAUCUUGAGCUUGGAAUUACCUCUCGGGUUUUACAGUUCAGGUUCACGGUUGAGGAUGUUUCUAGAAAUAGCUUAGAAGGAGUUUUCACUAUAUUUUUAAAACCUGUCAACAACAAACCACCUCAGAUAAUGAAUUCUGGGUUUACGAUGCUUGAACGCGGAAGACACAUCCUCACUAGUGCUGAGCUGCACACCACAGAUACAGAUACGGACAGCAAAGAUAUUACCUUUACUGUUGUGCAGCUUCCACUUCACGGUCAGAUCCAGUUUAUGUUCUCUGACAUGACAAAAGGAUUUACUUUUGGCUUAGAGGAUAUUGGAAAUGGCUUGAUUUCGUACACCCAUAAUGGAGAUGAAUCAACAGCGGAUUCUGUACAAAUAGAUGUCAGUGAUGGAGUGCACACUGUCCCGAUAACUAUAAAGAUUAACGUGAAGCCAGUUGAUGAUGAGACCCCAACUCUCAGCCUGCCAGCUGGCACAAUAGGCUCUUACAUAGACGUCCUGGAAAGUGGAGCCACAGAAAUAACAAGUAAUGUCAUUCAGGGAAAAGACGAGGACACGGAUGACCUUCGACUGACCUACAUUGUUGAAGACAAGCCAUCAUUUGGUGAAAUCCUGGUAAGAGGAGUUCCAUCUGGCACAUUCACUCAGGCAGAUAUUAUUAACGGCUUUGUGGUCUACGCUCAUACCAGCGGAGAGAUAGGUGUGAACAUAAAGGAGGACUUUUUCAAUCUCACCCUGACAGAUAUGUCUGAUGAGUGGACUGUUGGAGGAAAUAAAAUCACAGGUGUUCGAGUGCAUGUUACUAUUCUUCCUCUUGAUAGCCAGGCUCCAGAGGUCUUUGUGGGGCCACAGUUCACCGUUACAGAAGGAGAAAAGAAUGUCAUUCAGUUAGUUCAUAUAAGCGCAGAUGAUGGGGAUACCCCCACUGACGACAUCCUUUGUACCAUCAUUGUACAACCAAGUUCAGGCUAUGUGGAAAAUAUCUCCCCUGCUCCUGGCUCAGAGAAAUCGAGAUCUGGAACUGCCAUUAGUGCUUAUACCAUCAAGGACAUCAGACAGAAUCACAUUUACUAUGUUCAAAGCAUUCACAAAAGAGUUGAGCCAGUGGAAGACAGGUUUACCUUCAGAUGCUCCGAUGGCAUCAAUUUCUCUGAAAGGCACUUUUUUCCCAUUUCCAUAAUCCCCUCAAAUGAUGAAAAGCCGGAGAUUUACAUGAGAGAGUUUGUAGUUAUGGAGGGCAUGAACAUUGUCAUUGACACUCCCAUUCUCAAUGGCGCCGACGCAGACCUCCCCCCAGAUCAGCUCACAUUUUUUAUUACCAAACCUCCAAAACACGGAUUUAUUCUCAGUCAAUUUACCACAGGCACCCUCUCUGUGUCUAACUUCACCUUGGAUCAGAUCAGAGAGGCCUCCACUAUUGUGUACGAGCAUGAUGAUUCAGAGACCACAGAGGACAGCUUUGAUAUUGUUCUCACAGAUGGAAAGUUCAGUGUAGAGAAAACAGUCGUAGUUAUGAUUAUACCCGUGGAUGAUGAAACCCCAAGGAUGGCCAUUAAUGAUGGCCUGGAAAUUGAAAUAGGUGAGGUUAAAAUUCUUAACAGUAAUGUUUUGAAAGCGACUGACUUGGACUCUGACGAUAGCACGUUAACUUACAUUAUUAGAUACGGACCUGGUCAAGGAUAUUUGCAAAGAACAACUCUGUCUGGGACAUUGGAAAAUAUUACUUUUGGAAUGAAUUUUACACAGAGUGACUUGGAUCAGGGUUUAAUCAUUUACAUCCAUAAUGGUCAAGAGGGAAUUCGUGACCUCAUCAAAUUUGAUGUGACAGAUGGUACUAAUACUUUGAUUGACAGGUAUUUCUAUGUUACAAUAGGUGGUAUUGACAUAGUUUUCCCUGAUGUGAUAAGUAAAGGGGUGUCCCUUAAAGAAGGGGGCAGAGUUACUUUGACCACUGAUCUUCUCAGCACGAGUGACCUUAACAGCCCGGAUGAGCACUUGGUCUUCACAAUCACUCGAGCUCCAGUGAGAGGACACUUGGAAUGCACAGACACACCUGGGAUGCCCAUCUCAUCGUUUACUCAGCUCCAGCUGGCUGGAAACAAAGUAUACUACAUCCACACAGCUGACGAUGAAGUGAAAAUGGAUAGCUUUGAAUUCGAAGUGACUGAUGGCUACAACUCUGUGUUUCGCACUUUUCGCAUCUCCAUCGCUGGUGUGGAUAAUAAAAAGCCUGUGGUGAUGGUACAAAGCUUGGUGGUGACCGAGGGAGAAAACAAACUUGUCACUCCUUUUGAGCUUACAGUUGAGGACCGGGACACCGCCGAUCGCUUCUUGAAAUUUACAAUUACUCAGAUUCCCAUUCAUGGCCGCCUGCUCUUCAAUAACACUCGUCCUGUCACCUCUUUCACAAAGCAAGACCUUAAUGAGAACUUGAUCAGCUACAAGCAUGAUGGCACAAAGAGUGCGGAGGACAGUUUCUCCUUCACUGUCACCGAUGGUACCCACAGAGACUUCUAUGUCUUUCCCGACACCGUUUUUGAGACUCGAAAACCUCAAGUGAUGAAGAUCACUGUACUUUCUGUGGAUAAUGGGGCACCACAGAUUGUUGUUAACAAGGGUGCCUCAACAUUACGGCUUCUGGAGACAGGUCACCUGGGAUUUGUGAUCACCAGUAAGACCCUUAAAGCUGAGGACAGAGACAGCAUUCAAGGCUCUGUGACUUUCAGGAUCACUAUUGCCCCGAAGCAUGGUUACCUGAUCAACCUUGGAAGAGGAAAUUCCACCAUCACCAGUUUCACACAAGUUGAAAUCGACGACAUGAGUAUAUGCUAUGUACUGAGGGAAGGGGACAACGCCACAAACGAUAUCUUCCAUUUCUCUAUUCAGGACAAUGGUGGAAACCAGCUCAGAAACCAGCAAUUUCGCCUGAACUGGGCUUGGAUUUCGUUGGAAAAGGAACUUUACAUCGUGGACGAGGAGGUCAAAUUCUUGGAGGUGGUUCUGAGGCGUCGUGGUUACCUAGGGGAAACUUCAUUUGUCAGUAUUGGCACAAAAGAUGGCACUGCACAACAGGAAAAGGACUUCCGGGGGAAGUCUCAGAAGCAGGUGCAGUUCAACCCGGGCCAGACCACGGCGACCUGGAGGGUCAGAAUCCUGUCGGACAGCGAAUAUGAAGUCUUAGAGAUGUUCCAGAUCGUUCUCUCUGAGCCGGUGAUGGCAGCUCUUGAAUUUCCAGAGGUUGCCAAGGUCGAGAUCCUCGACCCCGACGAUGAAUCGACCGUGUUCAUUCCUUCAGCUGUGUACAACAUAGAGGAGGACAUUGGAGAGCUGCUUGUUCCCGUGCGCCGGCGUGGAGAUGUCAGUCAAGAGCUCAUGGUCAUAUGCUACACUCAGCAAGUUACGGCCAAAGGCACCGUUCCCACCACGGUGCUUUCCUACUCUGAUUACAUCUCUAGACCCGAAGACCACCACAGCGUCCUGCGUUUCGACAAGGGAGACACAGAGAAACCUUGCAGGGUUGUGAUCAUCGAUGACUCAUUGUAUGAAGAUGAGGAAAGCUUCAAUGUCACCCUCAGCAUGCCCAUGGGGGGCCGCCUGGGCUCAGAGUUCCCCACAGCCAGAAUCGUUAUCAUCCCAGACAUGGAUGACGAUCCUGUUUUCUACUUUGGUAAUACGCAAUACCAGGUGGAUGAGAGCGAUGGCUUCGUGGAGGUGCAGGUGUGGAGGACGGGGACGGAUCUUUCCAAAGCAGGAACCGUCACAGCGCGAUCCAGAAAGACAGAACCUGUCUCAGCCGAGGCUGGUGUGGACUACAUAGGAAUCAGCAGGAACCUGGACUUUGCACCGGGGGUCACCAUGCAGACGUUUCGGGUGACCAUCCUGGAUGAUCUCGGUCAACCUGUUCUAGAGGGACCAGAGAAAUUUGAACUGGUGCUUCGGAUGCCUAUGAACGGGAUCCUCGGAGAACCUAGCAAGACGACUAUCCUCAUCAAUGACUCUGUUUCUGACUUGCCUAAGGUGCAAUUCCGAGAUGCUGCGAGUGUGGGCCACGAGAACUCUGGACAAAUCUCAGCCAUGGUUUACCGCAGCGGGGAUAUCAGCUAUAAGUCCACGGUGCGCUGUUACAGCAGGCAGGGCACAGCGCAGGUCAUGAUGGACUUUGUCGAGAGGCCCAACACCGAUGCCUCUAUCAUCACCUUUUUACCAGGAGAGAUUGAAAAGUCUUGUUUGCUGGUGCUGGUUGACGACACAGAGCACGAGGAGGACGAGGAGCUUCGACUCGUGUUGGGAAGCCCCAGGAGUGAAUCUCCCUUUGGAGCAUCUAUCGGACGCCAGAACGAAACCCUCAUAAAGAUAAAAGAUGAUGCUGACAGGCCAUAUAUUAAUUUUGGUGAGACGAAGUUCAGCGUGAAUGAGCCAAAAGAAAGCGGUCAAGUAUCUGUGGUGAAGAUCCCGGUGUUGCGUGUUGGAGACGCCUCCAAGGUCUCCGUCGUCCGAGUUCACACCAAAGAUGGAUCUGCUGCCUCGGGGGAGGACUAUCAUCCAAUAUCUGAGGAAAUUGUGUUCAAACAAGGCGAUAAGGAGCACUAUGUGGAGGUGGAGAUUUUAUAUGAUGGAGUCAGGGAAAUGAGGGAAGCCUUCACUGUCCAUUUAAAACCCGACGAGAACAUGGUGGCAGAAACAAAGAUGACCAAAGUUAUCAUUUACAUUGAAGAGCCUAACAGUAUGGCGGAUGUGACAUUUCCCUCAGUGCCCAUCGUUGUUUCUCUGUUUCACUAUGACGACAUGGACAGGAUGAGGGCCUCUCAGCCUGUAGCUGGAUACCCUGUUGUUUGUGUCACCGCUUGUAACCCCAAAUAUCCAGACUAUGACAAAACAGGCUCUAUCUGUGUCAGCGAGAACAUCAACAACACACUGACUCAUUACCGUUGGCUGGUUAGCGCCCCCACUGGGCCCGACGGUGUCACCAGUCCUAUGAGGGAGGCCGACUUUGACACGUUCUUCACUUCCUCCAAACUCAUAACUUUGGACUCAGUAUAUUUCCAGGCUGGUUCCAGGGUCCAGUGUGCUGCCAGGGCCGUAAACUCCAACGGGGAUGAGGGUCUGGAACUCAGCAGCCCAGUGGUGUCCAUCAGUACGGAUGAGGGAAUGUGUCAGCCUCGUGUUGCUGGGACAGUGGGGGCGGAGCCUUUCUCUGCCAAACUGCGGUACAGUGGUACAGAUGACGCAGAGCACCCUAAUCUCAUCAAAUUAACUAUCACCAUGCCUCACAUUGAUGGAAUGUUACCCGUGGUGUCCACUCGCCCCUUGUCCAACUUUGAGCUGACACUGAGUCCAGACGGGACCCGUGUCGGCCACCAUCGCUGCUCCAAUUUGCUGGACUUCACCGAGGUCAAGACUCGCUUUGGGUUUCUCACCGAAGCCACGAAAAAUCCAGAAGUGAUCGGCGAAACUGCUCCCUACCAGUACAGCACCACCCUCAGAGGAUCUAGUGCCCUGAGAUUCUACAGAAACCUGAACUUAGAGGCUUGUUUGUGGGAAUUUACCAGCUACUAUGACAUGUCUGAGCUGCUCAGUGACUGCGGAGGCACUAUCGGGACUGAUGGACAGGUUCUGAAUCUGGUCCAGUCCUAUGUGACCCUCAGAGUUCCCCUACACGUGUCCUAUGUCUUUCACUCCCCUGUGGGUGCUGGUGGAUGGCAGCACUUCGACUUGCAGUCAGAGCUGAGGCUCACUUUUGUGUACGACACUGCCAUCCUGUGGAGAGAUGGUAUUGGUAGCCCUCCGGAGUCUGAGUUACAAGGUGCCCUCUACCCAACCAGCAUGCGUAUAAACGGACAGGGACAGCUGGUGGUUAACUUCCGAACAGAGGCUCGCUUCAGAGGCCUGUUUGUGUCGUCACACCCAGCUUCAUCCCUGACUUCAAUGGUCAUGUGUCCGGAUCAUCCUGGUUUGACCUUUAACCUAACACUGGUGAGAAGUGAGCCCACCUACAGCCAUCCCAUCCAACAGUGGAGGUUCACCUCGGAUUUUGCUGUGCGUGACUACUCUGGCAUGUACACCGUGAAGCUCAUCCCCUGUGCUUCUGCUCCAAACCUGGAGUUCACCAUCCCUCCUGUCUGCAGUCCCAGGGAGCCCGUCACUUUUGACUUGGACAUCCGCUUUCAGCAGGUCAGUGAUCCUGUGGCAGCGGAGUUCAGUCUAAAUACACAGAUGAUGUUGCUCUCUAAACGGACGCUAUGGCUCUCAGACGGCUCCAUGGGGUUCGGACAGGAGAGUGACAUGGCUUUCUCACAGGGAGAUACGGUUUACGUCAGAGUGAUGGUGGAUCCUGUGCAGAACCUGGGGGACUCCUUUAUUUGCAACAUAGAGAAAGUUUUCCUUUGUACUGGAGCUGAUGGAUAUGUCCCCAAAUACAACCCCAGCAACUUUGAGUUUGGCUGUCUGGCUGAUGCUCCGUCACUGCUCUACAGAUUCAAGAUCAUUGAUAAGGCGCAGCCAGAGACCCAGGCCCGAUCAUUUGGGAGUGUUGCCUUCAAUGCCCUCCUUGCUGUCGAUGACUCGGAAGCUUUGGCUCUAGUAAGACAGCCUGGAUCAGAUGGCUUCAGAUUGGACUCUACAGCUCUCUUUCAGGUGGCUGCAGGGAGAGAGUGGUACAUACACACCAUCUACACUGUUCGUUCCCGGGAAAAUGCCAACCGCGGCAUCGGCAAGAGAAGCCUGGAAUACCACGCAGUGAGCUGGCACACAAAUUCUCUUCCAAAGAGCCAACAUCGCAGCAGAAGAUCAGCCAACAAAGUGCCAGACAUAGUGGAGGAAAUCGGCGUGGGCAACAACCGCGGCACCAACAUAUUGCACAUAGCGCUGGACCGCAGCAACCAACCCAAGACGAGUCCAGAGAGGGAGAUGUUCACCAAAGGGAUCAUCCCCCGGGAGCUCAACCAGACGGACGGCGACGACAGACUGGUGCUGAUCAUUGGAGUCUUUGUGGGGCUGCUCCUCACGGUGCUCCUCGUCAUUGUGGUGGUGUUACUGGUGCGGUCCAAGCAGGAGAAAAAAGGAGAAGCCAGCAGUUCCAGCAGCGCAGAGCCCAUGAUGACUCAAGGCCUUGGCAACAGUGACAGCUCAGAGGUCUGACAGACUGAGAUUUAGUGUAAGUUUUCAUUUUUGCAAGUGCCUCACAUUCAGCUCAAACAUUACAGAUUGUACGUGAAGUAACACAAAAAGCUAAAUUACUUGAAAUUCUGCGUCACAUCACAUUUAAAGGGAGGAAACGGACAGUGUAAAUGUCAGUUUUAAGAGGCAAGUACAGGGGUCACUGGACUGGCUUUUGGUGCCAUCUCAUCCAAAAAAUGCAUUUCCAAAGGUGCUACAAGAGAUCUCCGUUACCUUGAAUAGCUUUUCCUUAAUCGGUUGUUGGAAAGCUGGCUAUUUUAAUUCCUGUUUUAAACAUUGGUAGCUGGCUUUGCAUAUUUAAGCGAACAAACUGUCUGUAUUGUGUUCACACUGGGAAAAUCUAGAGAAACUUCUGUUUUCAGGUUUUGUGUGCUUAAAGUAUUUUUUAUGUAAAAGUGUCCUGUAGAGAAUUCAAGUGAUCAGCAAAAUCCUUUGAACAAAUAUUGUUUUUUGGGGGCUUGCUUUUUUGCAUGCUUUUCUUUUCUUUUUCUUUUUUUGUAUUUGGAAAAAGUCAAAAAAUGGAUCUGUGUUGAUGACUGAUUAGAUCUAUUUCCACCCGUCUGUAGUUUUGCAGUAUUUAUCCGUACCUCACAGUCAAUGUUACCGUUUUCCAUCAGUAUUUCCUUUUUGAAACAAAAUUUCAAGAUUCCAAGUUUGCAAUGUUUAAGACAGCUGGUCUGUAAUGUACAGUUUGGUAUUUUGAUGGUUUGACUGUUCCAAAGAACCAAUUCACUUCCACUCUUAGUCCCACCAGAAGUGUCGAUUUGUGCCAUUUUGUAGGGGUAACCAUGACAAUAAGUCCCUAUGACCGCAUGACUGUAUUUCCGUCGUGCUCUUCAAGAUUGUUUCAUAUCAUAUAAAGUUUCAAAAAGUUUCCUUAUGAUUCAUUAAUUUAAGUUAUUUUUAGUGGGUUUUUUUAUUCUGAAAAUUGUCACCAUUUGAUCACAUUUAUCCAUUUGUGAGGAGAAUACACUUGUACCUGUUCCAUCUGUAAGUUAAUUGGAACUUUGAACAAAAGUUGCUUUGAAACUUUAUUCAGUUUAAGUUGCCUCAAAACCCUCUUUACUUCUUCACCCUAAGAUAAACGUCAACAACCGAAUCUACUUUCUGAACAUUUGGCUUAUUUCUAUCUUCAGUCUAAGGAUAUGAUCAAUUCUAUGCAACUUGUGUCAUUACUUUUUUAAAGGGUAUAUACAUAUUUGUGCAAAACAUCAUUUGCCAACUUGAUUUGUCACUCUACAUAUGUCAAUCUAGUGCAUUCUGGGGGUUUUCCGCACAUUCAUAGAUGUAUGUAUGUAAAUACAUAUGUAUGUUACAGUAUACUGUUGAGAAUGGAUGUUAAAAUGCCAACUGUACGUGCUGUAAGUAUUUGUAACAUAGACCUGAAGCACAAAUGGUCUGCAAAUAAAGUAAUUUUUCAAUAAAU